AUGAGGCUUAAGCCAUGUUUCAGUAAUGACAGCUAUAUCAAGGGAGUAAAGGGCAAUAGCAGCAUGAAAUUCAUGUACUUUGUUUAUCAAGCUUCUGAGGUUGGCGUUAAUGAUGAUAAGCGAGCCAUAUUGCUGAGCUCGGUGGGCAGCAAGACGUACAGUCUGAUGAGGAACUUAUUGAGUCCUGAUAAACCGGGGGAUAAAUCGUUCACGGAGUUGACGAGCUUGCUUCAGUCACAUUAUAACCCGAAGCCGAGUGCAAUAGUCCAAAGGUUCAAGUUAAAUUCAAGGACUAGAAUGGCUAAUGAAACGGUAACGGAGUAUGUCGCAGUGCUGAGGGAACUGGCGCAACACUGUAAUUAUGGGGACAGACUGACAGAAAUGCUACGAGAUAGGCUCGUAUGUGGCAUUGCAGAUGACCGCAUACAACGCAGAUUGUUAGCGGAGCCUGAGUUGUCGUUUGAAAAGGCCUUGAAGUUGGCACAGGCCAUAGAGACGGCGAAUAAAGACAUUCGUGAUUUACAACCGAGAACCAUCGAAGGGGUGGGGAGCAGGGGUGCUACCCCACAGCCAGUGCAUAAAGUGGUCGGGGAGCCUAAAUCACCAGGGAAGUCUGGUCAGUAUGCCUGUUACAGGUGUGGCGGAGAACAUCUGUCAAGGAACUGUCGGUUCUUAAAUGAAAAAUGUCAUGCUUGCGGGAAAAAGGGCCAUGUGAAGAAAAUGUGCCGAUCAACGCCCUCUAGGGACCAGCCGAGGAAGGGGGAGGAAAAGAGCAGUAUGAUGGACAGAAAGGGGAACCGAAAAAUAAAACGGCAGUAUGCACACCACAUGCAUGAAGGUACAAAUCAAAACACCAGGGAAGACGAGGAAGUGUUUACCAUGUUUAACAUGGAAGAGGCAAGAUUUUACAAACCUCGACCCGUACCAUACGCAAUGAAGAAGAAAGUGGAGACUGAGUUGGAGCGACUCACCAAGCAAGGUAUAAUUGAACCAGUGAAGUUUUCGGAAUGGGCAGCACCAAUUGUUCCAGUAUUAAAGCCAGAUAAUACUGUACGCAUAUGUGGUGACUAUAAGCUAACAGUGAACCAAGUUUCGAAACUAGAGCAGUAUCCAUUACCCAAGGUGGAGGAUGUGUUUGAAAAGCUGUCGGGAGGUGAAAGGUUUAGUAAACUGGACCUCAGUCAGGCAUAUCAACAAGUAGUUCUGGAAGAAGGGUCAAAGGCAUAUGUCACCCUUAACACACACAAAGGGCUGUUCCAAGUCAAUCGUUUACCCUUUGGGGUUUCCUCUAGUCCAGCUAUUUUCCAGAGAAUCAUGGAGGGACUGGUGGCAGGAAUUCCGAAGGUGGCUGUGUAUCUGGACGACAUCCUGUUGACGGGGAGGAACAAUGGCGAGCAUCUGGAGACUCUGAACGAGGUGCUAAGUCGACUGCGAGAGGCUGGUUUACGGGUGAAGAGGAGUAAAUGUGCUUUCAUGGUAAAGGAAGCCGAGUUCCUGGGUUACAAGGUGGAUGCCUCGGGCCUACACCCCCUGCCAGACAAGGUAAAAGCCAUCCAAGAGGCACCUGCACCCACAAAUGUUACAGAACUGAAGGCUUAUUUAGGCUUACUUAACUAUUAUAACAGGUUCCUACCAAAUCUGUCAACGCUGUUAGCUCCUCUACAUAAACUGUUAAGGAAGGAGACCCUGUGGACGUGGCAGAAGGAACAAGACAAAGCGUUUGAGCAGUCCAAGGAACUAAUGCAGUCUUCAGAGGUUUUGGUGCACUACGAUAGUCACAAGGACUUAAUUUUGUCAUGUGAUGCCUCACCGUAUGGGUUAGGGGCCGUGUUGGCACACCGGAUGCCAGAUGGACAAGAAAGACCCAUUGGGUUCAUGUCACGCACCUUAACACCAGCAGAGUCAAACUAUUCCCAGCUAGACAAAGAGGGGUUGGCUGUAAUGUUUGGAAUUAAGAGGUUCCACAAAUACCUCUAUGGCAGGAAGUUUACUGUGUGCACCGAUCAUAAGCUUUUGUUGUCACUGUUCAACGAGAUGAAGGCCGUGCCUCAGAUGGUUUCUCCCCGAAUUCAGAGAUGGGCUGUAACAUUGAGAGCUUAUGAAUAUGAGAUUGUUUAUAAGCCUGGGAAACACCAUAGCAAUGUGGACGCGCUGAGCCGUCUGCCGCUACCGGGGCCUCCCCAGCGAGAGGAAAGGGAGGACCGAGUGUUGAUGAUGGAGGACAUCACGUUGGUGUCAGCGAAAGAAUUGAGCGAAUGGACACGCAAAGACCCGGUGUUGGCUCGAGUGUUUCAAUGGGUCCAGCAAGGCUGGACAACACAACAACCUGAUCCAGUUUUCAGGCCUUAUGAGGUGAGGAAAACAGAGCUGAGUGUGCAAGAUGGAUGCGUGCUGUGGGGGGCACGAGUGAUAAUUCCGCCCCCAGGAAGACGUGCACUUUUACAACAGCUGCAUCAAGGUCAUGUGGGCAUCACCCGAAUGAAGGCCUUAGCACGAAGUUAUUUCUGGUGGCCAAAGUUGGUCCACGACAUUGAAGUCGCUGUGAAAGAGUGUAAAACCUGUCAGCAGCAUCGCAACUUACCUGUGGUGGCACCACUACACCCAUGAGAGUGGCCGAGUAGACCUUGGCAGAGACUUCAUAUAGACUAUGCAGGACCUUUUAUGGGGGCAAUGUUUUUGAUAAUAAUGGAUGCUCAUUCUAAAUGGAUGGAUGCCUACCCAGUCAAAACACCCACUUCCACCACUACCAUUGACUGCCUGAGAAAGAGUUUCAGUAGCCAAGGAUUACCCGAGACUAUUGUAUCAGAUAAUGCGUCAUGUUUCAUGAGUGAAGAGUUCAAGGGUUUCCUGGAAAAAAAUGGCAUUGUACAUGUCACAUCAGCACCAUACCAUGCGGCUUCAAAUGGCUGUGCUGAAAGGGCUGUCCAGACCUUUAAAGCGAUGAUGAAAAAGGCCGGAGACGGAAGUAUGGCAGCCAAAGUAUCAAGGGUGUUAUUCAACUACCGCAUUACACCCCAGUCUACCACGGGAUUGUCCCCUGCCGAGAUGUUGCAAGGACGGAGAUUAAGAUCCACGUUGGAUCUGGUGCAUCCCAACAUCCGAGCUAAGGUAGAGAGGAUACAGUGGAGGCAAAAAGAACAUCAUGAUCGACGACGGAGAGAGAGAAGUUUCCUGGAAGGAGAUGCAGUGAUGACGCGAAACUUCAGUUAUGGACCUAAAUGGAUUCCAGGGUUUAUUGUCAAGAGCACGGGUCCCCUGUCGUACCAGGUGAGGUUGAAUGGAGGUUUAGUGGUGAGGAGACAUGUGGACCAGAUUCUGCGGAGUGCGCAGGCGAAGGACUCGGCAGGAGGAUCUCCGAUCUUGGGGGCCGAGGGAGACCGCCGGGACUCAGAAGGAGAGGUUCCCAAGGAUCCAACUGUUCCAGGGAUGGACACACCGGUACCAGAGGUGGUAACUGUGACACCGGAGUCACCCAGGGUGGUACCCUUGCGCCGUUCUAAGCGGGCACUGGUUAAACCUAGUUACUUGAAAGACUAUCAAUGUUACAAUUGCAUGUCUAGUUUAAAAGAGCAACCUAACUCGAUUGUAGGGUAA